UUUAUAAAGUAAUCUAUUCUAACCAGUUCUGGUUAGAUAUUGGACAACCUACAUUCUACUAUAGAGCACUCCUAAACAUAUAUGGUAGAUCUAUCUCUAUCUAAACUCCUCCCAGGCUAAACACGGAUGAGAAGAGCAGACCGUCAGUCUUCAGACACCUUGAAUGUCAUGGACACUUUGCCAUUUCUACUUUACUUUCUCCUUAUUUGUUCAUAUCCAACAAAUGGUCACAAGCCAAACAUUUUACUGAUCAUGGCCGAUGAUCUUGGAAUUGGAGACGUAGGAUGCUUUGGGAAUAAUACAAUAAGGACUCCUAACAUUGACAGAUUAGCAAAGGAAGGUGUGAAACUUACACAUCAUAUUGCUGCAGCUCCCUUAUGCUCCCCAAGUAGAUCAGCCUUUCUGACUGGCCGAUAUCCUAUAAGAACAGGAAUGACAGGACACAGUGGGUAUGAGGUUUUGAUGUGGAACGCUGCGUCUGGUGGUCUCCCCAGUAAUGAAACAACAUUUGCAAAGAUAUUAAAACAACAGGGUUAUUCCACAGGAAUAAUUGGGAAGUGGCACUUGGGGAUGAAUUGUGAAUCAAGGAAUGACUUUUGCCACCAUCCAUUAAAUCACGGCUUUGAUUAUUUUUUUGGUACUCCUUUUACUCUUGUUAAUGAUUGCGAAGUCACAAGACCAAGUGAACUCCAAUUGAAUAUCAGGCAACAAUUACAUUUUUAUGCACAGAUAUUCGCCAUCACUGUGCUUACAUUACUAGUUAUCAAACUAUUACAUCUGAUCGUUAUUCCCUGGAAACUUUUUAUUUUUGCAUUUUUAGCUUCAAUUUUUUUCCUAUAUUGGUAUGUAGCCCUCGCAUUUCUACCACACUGGAACUGCAUAUUAAUGAGAAACUUUGACAUUGUUGAACAACCAAUGGAUCUGGAGCUAAAAGUUAGCCAGAUAGUGGAGGAGGCCAAAGCAUUUAUUACCAGGAAUAAAAAUGGGCCCUUUCUGCUGUUUGUAUCUUUCUUGCAUAUCCACACACCUCAUUAUACCACUAAGAGGUUUAAAGGAACAAGUAAACAUGAUUUGUAUGGAGACAAUAUAGAGGAGAUGGACUGGAUGGUUGGGGAAAUCCUAGAAGCCAUUGAUAAGGAAGGAUUAGUGAAUAAUACGUUUACCUACUUUACAUCAGACCAUGGGGCAUAUUUGGAAGGAAUGGAAGGAAGUCCUCAUCUGAAAGGCCACAAUGGAAUUUACAGAGGUGGUAAAGGUAUGGGUGGACUCGAAGGUGGAAUACGAGUACCAGGAAUACUUCGCUGGCCAGGUAUUCUUCCUACAAAUACCUCUGUUGAUACGCCAACAAGUCUAAUGGAUAUAUUCACCACUGUAACUAAGCUUGGUGGAGGGACUCUGCCCCAAGACAGGAUCAUUGAUGGAAAGGAUCUAAUGCCUCUCGUGCAAGGAACUGUACCUAAUUCUGAACAUGAAUUUAUGUUUCAUUAUUGUGAUGACUUCUUGCAUGCAGUACGAUGGCACGACACAAGCAGUAAGACCACUUGGAAAGUCCACUAUAUUUCUCCAAAAUUCCCAGAAGGAGCAAACGCAUGCUAUGAUUCAAGGUUUUGUUCUUGCACUGGACAAAAUGUUAUAUACCACAUUUCCCCAUUACUUUUUAACCUUUCGAAUGAUCCUUUUGAGGCGAAUCCUCUACCCAGCGACUCUGUGUUCUAUAGGCAAAUGCUACAGAAAACCCAACUAGCUGUAGCACAUCAUACCUCAACAUUGCAUCCAGUGCCUCAACAGCUCUAUGGGUUAAAAAACAUUUGGGACCCCAGACUUCAACCAUGCUGUGGAUCCUUUCCACUUUGUUGGUGCAACAAAUAAAGCACAAGUCAGAUCUAGCAAUAAACAUUAUUGUAUCUGCUAUGAAAAUAAUCUAGUCAAUGUAAUUUACAGAACCUGUGUAUUGAUAACCAAAACUUUGAUGUGUACUGUACCUUUUUUGUAUUUUUUUUACUAUCACAUGCUGUUCUUUCAAGUUCUGCUGUGCUGGUAAAACAUACUAAAACAUGGUAGUCUUAUCAUAAUGGCAGAAAAAAGUUUUCAAAAAUUGAUCAAUUUAUUAUCAAAUUGGUGAUAAAAAGUUUUAAUAAACUCAAUUUUAUAUUGAAAUGUU